GGUUGCGGCUGUGUGGUCACAGAUUACGCUGAGCUGUCGAAAUGAGGACACGGCUCGAGUCUCUUGAAUAAAAAACGUUCACCUCAUUAGGAACACAAAGGGAAACUAAUCCCUGACCCGCGCGUUUGGCAGGAUUUGAGGCGUUGGUGAACGUACUGACAUUCAAAACAGUGAUUAUUAUGUUUGUUAUUUUCAUAGUACCGCACCUUGUGGAUCCAGUGGACAUGGCAGCACUCACUCAGGCGUCAAUUUCUCCUCCCGAAACGUCACUUCCACGGGAUAUCUGAAACUUUUCCAAUGCUGCAAUACCGUGGGAGUCUAUGAGGCUGUGUGGGAGGGAUCUCCCGUCCUAAAUCAACUAGGAGGAUAAACUUUUCGGGGGUUAGGAUUCUGGAGGCUACUAUAGCGGCGCUCAGUCUCAUUGGACAUUUGAAGGUAGCCUAUUUUUUGAAAAUGUUGUUUGUCUCUCGAGUCACAACAAGGAAGUAUUCACAAUAGCCUUGCCGAUUUGGUGGUUGGUUGGGUAACGAGACACUUUUUAGGCUAGUGAGUAGGUAAACGUUUUCACCUUUUUCGAUUGGAUAUAUUGCGAGCGAUUCCGCGUCAUGUAACAACGGAUGGACAUGCGCUUCCAAUGCGAACCGAUUGAAUAACUUUAACAUAUUCAAUUACUUUUUUCUUCGUUAUUAAUUUAGUCAUAAAAAGGAAUAGGACAGAACAUUUGGCCAUAUUGUUGCAGACAUUUGGCAUAGAAAACCACCCCAAAAUGUGACACAUCAAGAGGAAAAAGCGAUAAUCAAAACUGAAUUGGAUAAACAUGUUCGCGUCAACUAUCACCGUCAACCCACGGUGACUGAUCCCCCUUCCCCGGUAUUAUUCUAGCUCGUGCGUGUCCGGUGAACGAGGAGAUGAGCAAGGCGAGAUGGGACAGUGUCUCAGUUCAGAACAAGACCUAACGGAGGAGGGAAAGAAGGCGAAGCUUCAGAGCGCGAAGAUAGACAGGGACCUGUAUGAAUACGCCAAGAGGGAGAUGAACGUGGUCAAAAUUCUAAUGCUCGGAGCAGCAGAGAGUGGGAAGAGUACUCUGGUCAAACAGAUGAAGAUCAUCCACAGCCAUGGCUUUACCAAGCAAGAGCUGUCCAGCUUCAAGGCGCAACAGCGAGGCUGAAGAAAUUCGGCUUGGCCCCGAAGACCCACCCCUCACGAACUUCUACAGAUGCACCAUUGAGAGCUUUCUGUCGGGCUGUAUCAUUGCCUGGUACGACAAUUGCACCGUUUGCAACCGCAGGCCUUUCCAGAGUUAGAGGUCGACCGAUUAAUCAGAAUGGCCGAUUAAUUAGGGCCGAUUUCAAGUUUUUAUAACAAUCGGAAAUCUGUAAUUUUGGACACUGAUUUUGCUGAUUUUAAAAUUAAAAUUAAAAUGUUUUUUUUACACAUUUUAUUUAAUCUUUAUUUAACUAGGCAAGUCCGUUAAGAACACAUUCUUAUUUUCAAUGACUGCCUAGGAACUGUGGGUUAACUGGGGCAAAACGACAGAUUUUUACCUUGUCAGCUCGGGAAUUACGGUGUUCCUUACGGUUAACGAGUCCAACGCUCUAACCACCUGCCUCACGAGGAGCCCACCUGUUACGUGAAUGCAGUAAGAAGCCAAGUUAAGUUGCUAGCUAGCAUUGAAACUUAAUCAAUCAUAAUCACAAG